GUGCCGCAGACGAGAGAGAACUCGACGAAAAUGCGCCAACCCUCCACCAAUGGCACUCGCAGAUUCAGCCAAGCCCUGAGACCGCCAACUCACCCUGCACCCCUGCCGUCGGUCCCUUACAUCAAUCCGCUGCUAUUUUGGAAGCAACCGCCGCCUAAGCCGAAUCUCAAAAUUCGACUGACAACAGAUGGAGCGAUCAUGCUGUCAUGGAAUCUGCCCACGUUGAGCUGGCAUCACGAGGAAAUUAUGAGCUACCGAAUUUACUCGUAUCGAGAAACGUCAGAGGAGCCGAGCCAGUUACUUUGGAAGACUGAGGCAGACGUGUAUGCGCGUGCUCUGCCAAUGGCCUGCACCCUGAUGCAGAUCAUACAUGGCUACAAGUACCAUUUCGCAGUGCGCGCCAUCGACAUGAACUUCAGAAUGAGCCCGGAAAGCAACACCGUGAGCAUCGAGUUGCUAUGACGCCACCCAAGCACUUAACUAUGUAAAACCCAGAACCUUUUGCUGCCGGUUU